AUGGCGUUUUCUAAGGUACCCGGAAAGGAGGACCUGUACGUUGGCGGCAUAUUUGCCCUUCGGAAGCCCGAGACGUUCUUGGAGAAGAACUUCACAUCCGUGCUCUCCGUAAUCAAAUACUCAUUUGCUGGCUGGGGCGAGGAGGCCAAUCGCUUUCAGCAUAUGAGCAUUGACAUCGACGACAUGGAUGAUCAGGACCUAUUGGUGCAUUUGUCGUCCGCAGUUCGGUUCAUCGAGCGCGGACUUUAUCCGCCGGUAGCGCCUGAUGAGUCCACGUCGGGCCAGAAGCAACGUGUUGAUAUCAUCAAUGCUGGUCCGCAAUCGUCUCCAGGUUCUGUCUACGUGCAUUGUGCUAUGGGAAAGUCGCGCUCGGUUAGCUGUGUGGUAGCGUAUUUGCUAUGGAAACAUCCGCACCGCUUUGGUGGAAAGCAGACAGCUUCCUCCACUGCGUCUACUGCCCAGCGUCGUAAAAGUGCUGCUGACGCAGUAGAGAAGGCUGUGAAGUGGGUGCGCGAAGGCCGCCCCAUCGCAGAGCCAAAUCCGGGGUUCAUGCGCCAGCUGGAAUUAUGGUGGGAGAUGGGAUGUCCGGUAGACCACGACGGGGCAGUUGAGAGUCACCCAAUCUAUCAAAAGUGGCUCUACGAAACCAAACUAAAAGAGGCGCGGGAUCUCGGUAUGGCUCCUGAGGCCGACUGGAUCCGGUUUGUGGAUGAAGAAGCAGAAACUGAAAAGAACGAACCGAAGCCCGAGGUACCAGAAGAACCAAAAGGAGAGCUGAGAUGCAAGAAGUGCCGACGCAUCCUUGCAACCUCGAAAUUCGUGGUAGAGCAUCAAGGUACGGGGAACAAAGGAAGUUCGAAUGCACCGUGUCCUCACAUCUUUAUCGAGACGCUUUCGUGGAUGCGGCCGGCUCUUGAAGAUGGAGCGCUGGACGGGCGUCUCAACUGCCCAAACGCGAAAUGCGGUGCCACUGUCGGCAGGUUUGCUUGGCAAGGAUUUAAAUGUGCUUGCCGCGAGUGGAUAUGCCCUGCGUUUUCAUUGAACCGGGGCCGAGUCGAUGAGGUCGAUAUCCGACGCGGGGUCCUGGGAAUCCGUAAUCCCCCAGGCCGAAACGGCAGUUUGUGA